UCACUUGUGUUUAUUUGCCUGAACAAACGGAGUCGAUUAACUCUGGUUGAGAGUCAGUCUGCAACGGUUUAAAAAGACGCCCCCCCACCUCCGCCCUCCGGGCCAGGCGGAGUCUUUGUUCGUGUACUGUACUUAGAACGCUGGCUGUGUGUUGUUCCAUGGAGCCCCUUCCCUUCCUCUUUAGCUUUCGCUGGAUGUGGCUCCACAAACAAACCCCGUAAACACACGAGCUCACUAAGUCAGCAACCUCCCCAGAGGCUGACCAGCUAACGUGUUUUGUUGUGCGGAAUUCAAGUUCUCUAGCCGGACAAGAGACUGCAGAAAAGACAGAAAUUGACGGCCCUAUCUUUGACUUCAGCGGUGGAAGCCACCAAGCAGAGGUGCUGUGGGGCGUCACAGACUGUGACUGCCUAUCACUGUGGAGCAUGAGUCAUGACCUCAGUGGUACUGGUUGACAGUAGUGGGGCCGUGGUGGAGUACGUCACAGCUGUGGAAGACCCACAACAGCAGGAUGGUGAGUUGGAUGUGGACCUGGAGGCUGAGGGAGAAGUGGAGGGCGUGUGUGAAGUUGAAGAGCUUGAGGGUGGAAGAGAUGCUGAGAACUACCCAGCUGUCAUCGUGGAGGAGGUUCCGAGUGCCAUCUUAAGUGAGGACCCCAAUUGCCCAGCCCAGGUGGUCAUGUAUGGCAACGAAUUGUACAUAAUGCAGGAAGUGGGCAAUGAGCAGGCUGUGGAGUCAGAAAUGGGGACAGUCGAGGCAUCUGUCCAUGGCAUCAACGUGCACUGCUCUGACAAAACCAUCGAGGCUGCAGAGGCUCUGCUUCACAUGGACUCACCAUCCAGUGUCAGAGAAGACUGCAGUCCAGAAGCUUUCAUCCCACCGUAUGUAGCAACCCCAGAGUUCCUUCAUGCCGCCAUGCGUCCGGACAUCGCCGAGACGGAAGUUGAGAUAUCGACGGAGGCCUGCUGCGAUGAUGACGACGACGACGACGACGAUGAUGAAGAUCUAGGUACCCUGAUCGAGGAGCCAGAGGCGGAACGGGACCAUGCGCCUGUCAGGAAAAGGAGAGUUGGACGGAAACUAAAAACGCAUCAGCCCUAUUCUAACGGCUCGGUUGAAAUUGGUCUCAGGAAGAAAUCGAGAGAAGGCAAAGCAGGAAGCACCAUCUACUUGUGGGAGUUCCUGUUGGACCUCCUGCAGGACAAGAACACUUGUCCGCGGUACAUUAAGUGGACACAGAGGGAGAAGGGCAUCUUCAAGCUGGUGGACUCCAAGGCAGUGUCCAAGCUGUGGGGCAAACACAAGAACAAGCCCGACAUGAACUAUGAGACCAUGGGACGGGCACUCAGAUAUUACUACCAGCGUGGCAUCCUCGCCAAAGUUGAGGGCCAGCGUCUGGUUUACCAGUUUAAAGAGAUGCCGAAAAACAUUGUGAUCAUUGACGACGACAAUGACGACAUGUCUGUCGGCGAAGGCCCGACGGACUCUGAGACGACGGCGUCCUGCGAGCGCAUCCUUCAGCCGCCGGACGUGAUGUUGAAGGCUCCCGAGCUGUCCCCCAGAAAACCCAACAUCCUGCGGGGUGGCAACCGAGGGAACGUGGGUCAAUCUGUUGCUACGGGCAACAAGACCGUGGCGGCGGGCGGCUCGAGGACCGCGACUACGUCGGGAGACGGAAGCCGGAAUCAACAGGCGGCUGUCAUUUCCAAUGCUUCCGGGCCCAGAACACUACGGGUCGCCAUGCAGGUGCCGGUCGUUAUGACAUCACUGGGCCAGAAGAUCUCGACGGUUGCAAUGCAGCAGCCGGCAGUGAGAACUGGUGCAGCGGGGCAUACUACGCUCCUGUCCAGUGCUUCUCCGAUUGGUGCUGCGGCUGGAGGCACCAACUCUCAACAGAAGGUUGUGAUCCAGACCAUGCCCACUAUGGUCCCAGCCACAGCAGAAAAUGGUGAGAAGAUCACUGUCCAGCUGGCCAAGAUUAUCACCAUCCCAGCUCACCAGUUAACCCAGUGUCAGCUGCAGACCCCAACGGGCGCAACCAAGCCCGGCAUCAGCCUCUUGGGAAGCCCGUUGACCGUCCAGGCCCUGACCCCGGUCAGUGUGGCGUCAGGAACGCAGGUGAUGAGACUAUCUGUGCCGGCGCAACAACAGGCUUUGAUGGUGUCACAGUCGGGCGGCGGCACAGCGGGCAGCGGGACUGUAUCGACGGCCGACCGGGCCGCGGCGCCGCAGCCCAACAUCAUUAGCGGGAUUUUCAACGGUUCCGAGCUGGUGGUUGCAGGGGACGAGCUCAAAGCCGCUGGCGUUCCGGUCCAAGCGGUGCGAGUGCCCAUGACGAUCGCAGUCCCGCAGAAUCAAGGGAGCGGGAAGAGUGGGCCGCCGGACGCACUCAUCAAACUGCAGGCCCCCGAGGUGGUCAAGACUGAAGAGCCCGAGUGUUGAUCGACAGACCGACCGCUUCUUUUUGACCCCAAGUCAGUCAUUUGUCCAUGAAACUAUU